AUGCCGGUGGAAAUCCCCAGUUUGCAGGAGCUGAACGUGGAUGAGGUCAAUGUAUCAUCUGCGGUGCUGAAGGCGGCCGCUCACCACUAUGGCUCCCAGUGUGAUAAACCCAACAAAGAGUUCAUGUUGUGCCGCUGGGAGGAAAAGGACCCCCGGAAGUGUCUCCAAGAAGGGAGGAAAGUCAACGAAUGUGCGCUCAACUUCUUUAGGCAAAUCAAGGGGAAUUGCGCCGAGUCGUUCACCGAGUACUGGACCUGUCUGGAUUAUUCCAAUUUGGCCGAGCUGCGCCGUUGCCGCCAGCAACAACAAACCUUUGACAACUGCGUGCUGGACAAGUUGGGCUGGGAGCGACCCGAGCUGGGAGACCUGUCUAAGGUGACCAAGGUUUCAACCUCUCGACCCAUGCCUGAGAACCCCUACCAUUCUCGCCCACGCCCCGAGCCCAACCCGACCAUUGAAGCUAAACUAGAGCCUUCCAAAUAUGGCAGCAGAUUGUUCUUUUGGACCUGGUGA